GGAAGUGACGUAGCACGCUUACGCCGCAGCGGCGACGGUGGUGGCGGCGGCUGCUAGGGAGGGCCCUUGCGGUGGGUCCGGACUACCCUUUUGCAGUCUCGGUUCGGGGACUCCAUCUUCUUUCGUGGGGUCUUAGCGCGGCGGAGAAACAGUGGCCUCCAAGCAGUCUUCAAGGAGGCUGUGAGAAGCAGCAGCAAUGUCUGAUUUUGUGGAAAGUGAGGCCGAAGAGUCAGAGGAAGAAUACAAUAAUGAAGGCGAGGUGGUACCUAGAGUCACCAAGAAGUUUGUGGAAGAGGAGGAUGAUGAUGAGGAGGAGGAAGAGGAGAAUCUAGAUGAUCAAGAUGAGCGAGGCAACCUGAAAGGCUUUAUCAAUGAUGAUGAUGAUGAAGAAGAAGGAGAGGAGGAUGAGGUCAGUGACUCUGGUGAUUCAGAAGAUGAUGUUGGCCACAAGAAGAGAAAACGCACAUCUUUUGAUGACCGCCUGGAAGAUGAUGAUUUUGACCUCAUUGAGGAGAAUUUAGGUGUUAAAGUCAAACGAGGACAAAAAUACCGACGUGUCAAAAAAAUGUCUGAAGAUGAAGAUGAUGAUGAAGAGGAAUUUGGCAAAGAGGAACAUGAAAAGGAGGCUAUUGCAGGGGAAAUCUUCCAAGAUGAAGAAGGGGAAGAAGGGCAGGAGGCUGUUGAGGCCCCCAUAGCUCCUCCAGAGGAAGAAGAGGAAGAUGAUGAAGAGUCAGAUAUUGAUGAUUUCAUUGUGGAUGAUGAUGGACAGCCCUUGAAAAAACCCAAAUGGCGAAAAAAGCUUCCUGGAUAUACAGACGCAGCCCUGCAGGAAGCUCAGGAGAUCUUUGGUGUAGACUUUGACUAUGACGAAUUUGAGAAAUACAAUGAGUAUGAUGAAGAACUGGAGGAAGACUAUGAGUAUGAGGAUGAUGAGGCUGAAGGUGAGAUCCGAGUGCGCCCCAAGAAGACCACCAAGAAGCGUGUGAGCCGCAGGAGCAUCUUUGAGAUGUAUGAGCCAAGUGAGCUGGAAAGCAGCCACCUCACAGACCAGGACAAUGAAAUUCGAGCCACUGACUUGCCUGAGAGGUUCCAGCUGCGCUCCAUCCCAGUCAAGGCGGCUGAAGACGAUGAGCUAGAAGAGGAGGCUGACUGGAUCUACAGAAACGCCUUCGCUGCACCAACCAUCUCCCUCCAGGACAGUUGUGAUUACCUAGACCGUGGCCAGCCAACUAGUAGCUUCAGUCGGAAAGGGCCCAGCACAAUUCAGAAGAUCAAAGAGGCCCUGGGCUUCAUGCGGAAUCAGCAUUUUGAGGUGCCUUUUAUUGCCUUCUACCGAAAGGAGUAUGUGGAGCCUGAGUUGCACAUCAAUGACCUGUGGAGGGUGUGGCAGUGGGAUGAAAAGUGGACGCAGCUGAGAAUCCGCAAAGAGAACUUGACGAGGCUGUUCGAGAAGAUGCAGGCUUAUCAGUAUGAGCAGAUCUCUGCUGACCCUGACAAACCACUGGCUGAUGGCAUCCGGGCUUUAGAUACCACUGAUAUGGAGAGACUCAAAGAUGUACAGUCAAUGGAUGAACUGAAAGACGUCUACAACCAUUUCUUACUUUACUAUGGUCGUGACAUCCCCAAGAUGCAGAAUGCUGCCAAGGCUAGCCGUAAGAAGCUGAAACGCAUAAAGGAAGAUGGAGAUGAAGAAGGUGAGGGUGAGGAAGCUGAAGAUGAGGAGCAGAGGGGACCAGAGCUUAAGCAAGCCUCCCGCAGAGACAUGUACACCAUCUGCCAGAGUGCAGGGCUGGAUGGCCUGGCCAAAAAGUUUGGCCUCACACCUGAGCAGUUUGGGGAGAACCUCCGUGACAGCUACCAGCGGCAUGAGACAGAGCAGUUCCCUGCAGAGCCCUUGGAGCUGGCUAAAGAUUACGUUUGCAGCCAGUUCCCUACACCAGAAGCUGUGCUUGAAGGUGCCCGAUACAUGGUAGCACUACAGAUUGCCCGGGAGCCCCUUGUCAGACAAGUGCUGAGGCAAACCUUCCAGGAGAGAGCCAAGCUAAACAUAACCCCAACCAAGAAAGGCAGAAAGGAUGUGGAUGAGGCCCACUAUGCCUAUUCUUUUAAGUACUUAAAGAACAAGCCUGUUAAAGAGCUAAGAGAUGACCAGUUCCUCAAGAUAGGUCUGGCUGAAGAGGAAGGGCUGCUUACCAUCGACAUCAGCAUAGACAUGAAGGGAGUAGAAGGGUAUGGCAGUGACCAGACAUAUUUUGAGGAGAUCAAGCAGUUUUACUACCGGGAUGAGUUCAGCCACCAAGUACAGGAAUGGAACCGGCAGCGUACUAUGGCCAUUGAGCGAGCUCUGCAGCAGUUCCUGUAUGUGCAAAUGGCCAAAGAACUCAAGAACAAGCUGCUAGCAGAGGCCAGGGAGAGUGUUGUAAAGGCCUGUAGCCGAAAGCUCUACAACUGGCUGAGGGUGGCGCCCUACCGACCGGAUCAGCAGGUGGAGGAAGAUGAUGACUUCAUGGACGAGAACCAGGGGAAGGGCAUCCGAGUGCUAGGCAUCGCCUUCUCCUCUGCCAGAGAUCACCCUGUGUUCUGUGCCCUAGUCAAUGGUGAAGGAGAAGUGACUGAUUUCCUUCGCCUGCCCCAUUUUACCAAACGGCGAACUGCAUGGAGAGAAGAAGAGCGGGAAAAGAAGGCACAAGAUAUUGAAACCUUAAAGAAGUUCCUUGUGAAUAAGAAGCCCCACGUGGUUACCGUUGCAGGAGAGAACAGGGACGCCCAAAUGUUGAUUGAGGAUGUGAAGCGCAUAGUGCACGAGCUGGACCAAGGCCAACAGCUUUCUUCUAUUGGGGUGGAGCUGCUUGACAAUGAGUUGGCUAUUCUGUAUAUGAACAGCAAGAAGUCGGAGGCAGAGUUCCGGGAUUAUCCACCAGUUCUAAGACAAGCCGUCUCUCUAGCCCGACGUAUCCAAGACCCUCUGAUAGAAUUUGCCCAGGUGUGCAGCUCUGAUGAAGACAUCCUGUGUCUCAAGUUUCAUCCCCUGCAGGAGCAUGUUGUGAAAGAGGAGCUGCUCAACGCCUUGUACUGUGAAUUCAUCAAUCGGGUCAAUGAGGUUGGGGUCGAUGUCAACCGUGCCAUUGCCCAUCCUUACAGCCAGGCCUUGAUCCAGUAUGUCUGUGGCCUGGGACCUCGAAAAGGGACCCACCUGCUGAAGAUCUUGAAGCAGAACAACACUCGACUCGAGAGCCGGACUCAGCUGGUCACCAUGUGCCACAUGGGCCCCAAAGUCUUCAUGAAUUGUGCGGGCUUUCUCAAGAUCGACACUGCCUCUCUGGGGGACAGCACUGACUCAUACAUUGAAGUCCUUGAUGGCUCUCGAGUCCACCCUGAAACAUAUGAGUGGGCCAGGAAGAUGGCAGUGGAUGCCUUGGAAUACGAUGAGUCUGCAGAGGAUGCCAAUCCUGCAGGAGCCCUUGAGGAGAUCUUGGAAAACCCAGAGCGACUGAAGGAUCUAGAUCUUGAUGCUUUUGCAGAGGAACUAGAAAGACAGGGCUAUGGUGACAAGCACAUCACAUUGUAUGACAUUCGAGCAGAGCUCAGUUGUCGGUAUAAGGACCUUCGGACAGCCUACCGCUCUCCUAACACAGAGGAAAUCUUCAAUAUGUUAACCAAAGAGACACCAGAGACGUUCUACAUUGGAAAGCUCAUCAUCUGCAAUGUUACUGGUAUUGCUCACAGACGCCCACAGGGUGAGAGCUAUGACCAGGCCAUCCGAAAUGAUGAGACAGGGUUAUGGCAGUGCCCCUUCUGCCAACAGGACAACUUCCCUGAGCUCAGUGAGGUCUGGAACCACUUUGACAGCGGCUCAUGUCCUGGCCAGGCCAUUGGUGUGAAAACACGGCUAGACAACGGUGUCACCGGCUUCAUCCCCACCAAGUUCCUCAGCGACAAGGUGGUGAAGCGGCCAGAGGAGCGAGUGAAGGUGGGGAUGACCGUCCACUGCCGCAUCAUGAAGAUUGACAUUGAAAAGUUCAGCGCAGACUUGACCUGCCGGACUUCAGACCUCAUGGACAGGAACAAUGAGUGGAAACUGCCCAAGGACACCUACUAUGAUUUUGAUGCAGAAGCCGCAGACCACAAGCAGGAAGAAGACAUGAAACGAAAGCAGCAGCGGACCACAUACAUCAAGCGAGUGAUUGCACACCCAUCUUUCCAUAACAUAAAUUUCAAGCAAGCAGAAAAGAUGAUGGAGACCAUGGAUCAAGGGGAUGUUAUCAUUCGACCCAGCAGCAAGGGUGAAAACCACUUGACAGUGACCUGGAAAGUCAGCGAUGGCAUCUACCAGCAUGUGGAUGUGCGAGAGGAGGGCAAGGAAAACGCCUUCAGCCUGGGAGCCACUCUGUGGAUCAACAGUGAGGAAUUUGAAGACUUGGAUGAGAUUGUGGCCCGCUAUGUCCAGCCCAUGGCUUCCUUUGCUCGAGAUCUGCUAAACCACAAGUAUUACCAGGACUGUAGUGGUGGGGACCGAAAGAAAUUAGAAGAGCUGCUCAUCAAAACUAAGAAGGAGAAGCCCACCUUCAUCCCUUACUUCAUCUGUGCCUGCAAGGAACUGCCUGGCAAGUUCCUCCUGGGAUACCAGCCCCGGGGUAAACCCAGGAUAGAAUAUGUGACAGUGACUCCUGAAGGAUUCCGGUACCGGGGCCAGAUCUUCCCAACUGUGAAUGGACUCUUCAGGUGGUUUAAGGAUCACUAUCAGGAUCCUGUGCCAGGUAUCACUCCCAGUAGCAGCAGCAGGACACGGACCCCUGCUUCUAUCAAUGCUACUCCAGCUAACAUCAAUCUUGCAGACCUGACGCGAGCUGUGAACGCCUUGCCUCAGAACAUGACCUCGCAGAUGUUCAGCGCCAUUGCUGCUGUGACAGGCCAAGGGCAGAACCCAAGUGCCACCCCAGCCCAGUGGGCAUCCAGCCAGUAUGGCUACGGCGGCAGUGGAGGAGGCAGCAGCGCCUACCAUGUGUUCCCAACACCAGCCCAGCAGCCAGUGGCCACACCACUAAUGACCCCCAGCUACUCCUACACAACCCCGAGCCAGCCCAUUACCACCCCACAGUACCACCAGCUCCAGGCCAGCACUACCCCACAGUCUACCCAGGCCCAGCCCCAGCCUUCCUCCAGCUCCCGACAGCGGCAACAGCAGCCAAAGUCCAACAGCCAUGCAGCCAUCGACUGGGGCAAAAUGGCUGAGCAGUGGCUACAGGAGAAAGAGGCAGAACGACGGAAACAGAAACAGCGGCUGACCCCUCGACCUUCUCCCAGCCCCAUGAUUGAAAGCACCCCCAUGUCCAUUGCUGGCGAUGCGACCCCACUCCUGGAUGAGAUGGAUCGCUAAGACUUCAAGUGAUGGCUCAGAGAUUAAGAACACUGGUUGCUCCUCAAGAAGGCCCUGGUUCAAUUUCCAGCAUCCACAAGGCAGCUUACAACUGUCUAUAAUCCCAGUUCCAGAAGCUCUCGAACCUUCACACAAACACACAUACAAGCAACAUAUCAAUGUACAUAAAAAUAAAUAAAUCUUUAAAAAAAAAAAAAAAAGUGGAGCCCGGUGGUGGUGGUGCACACUCUUAAUCCCAGAACGCAGGAGGCAGGCAGAUCUCCAGGAGUUCAAGGCCAGCCUGAUCUUACAUAGUUAGUUCCAGGGAUAUGUAGAGGGAUAAAUCACAUCCUUUUUGUCUUAUUCUUGGUCUUAGUGAAAUGCUUUGAAUUAUUUCUCUGUCAGCAUAAUGACGGCUAUAGAUUGUUAUGUAGAUUGUCACUCCUUUCAGCUUGGAGUAGUUUUGUCUGUCUUUUUAUGACAAAUUCCACUUGUAUGGCCCACCCCACCUGGCCCUGGCCUUUUUGUCUCUAAUAUUGCCCUUCUCGUCUACUUUACCUCUUAAAUUGGUGGUCCCCUGCUCAAAAAACCUCCACAAGCUUUGGAAAAUACAUGCAUUUCCGCAGUCUCAACAUUUCAUCAAUGAAAUGACAAAAAUCUGGUUACGUGUGGUGUUACACAGCUGUGAUUCCAGCACUGGGGAGGUUGAGCCAAGACGAUCAAGAAGCUGGUGGUCAACCUGGGCUGCACAGGACAGUCAAGGCCAGCCUUGACUACGUGGUGAAACCCCACCUCAAAGCAAACAGCAACAACCAAAACACAGGACAAAACAAAAGACAGUCUCAUCCUGAGUCUAGCCUCUGCUGCUUUGCUGAUGCUUUACAAUGCUGGGACUGGACCACACCCGUGCUGGAUACGCUGUCUGAACCACAUGCUCAACUGCAGAUUCACUUCCUGAGUAUGUACAGCCAAUAACAUCCUCUGAACAUUUCCCAAUGUCUCUCUGUCUCUCUCGAGACAGAGUUUCUCUGGGUAGCCUUGGCUGUCUUGGACUUGCUUUGUAGACCAGGCUAGCCUCGAACUCACAGUAAGGCCUGCCUCUGACUCCCACAUGCUGGGAUUACAAGUGUGGGCCUGGCCCCUGUCUUUGGUUUUUCUUUCUUUUUCUAAAGAUUUAUUUAUAUAUUAUGUGUACAAUGUUCUGUCACCAUGUACAUAUGCAGGCCAGAAGAGGGCACCAGAUUAUAGAUGGUUGGGAGCCACCAUAUGGUUCUGGGAAUUGAACUCAAGACAUCUGGAAGAGCAGCCAGUGCUCUUAACCUCUGAGUCAGCUCUCCAGCCCGUCUUUAGUUUUUCAGCAUAGGGUUUCUCUGUGUAGUCCUGACUGGCCUCAAACUCAGAGAUCUGCCUGCUUCUGCCUCCCGAGUGUUGGGACCAGCAUCUGGCUUCUCCAGAGUAUCUUAAAUUUAAGUCAAGUCUAUGCACACCUGCUGUCCUCCUGCUGUCUGUGCGUGCUUUGUAGCCAGUCCUUUCCAGAAAGCAGCAGACAUUCCAGCUGGAAAUCAGGGGUCACCCUCUCCCACAUCAUGCCAUUUCUUGCCAUUUCUACCCCGGCACCUUCCUAUGUGUUGGGUUAGAUCCUAGUUAUCUUUUUUUGUUUGUUUGUUUUGUCGCUUUUGAGUUAAGAGGCUCACUGCAUAGCCUUGCUGGCCUGACUUGUCUUUGGCCCCGAGUGCUGGAGUUAAGGGUUUGUGCUGUGAUGCCAAGCUAAACCUCCAUUCUCUCAGACCUAGCAUGCAGCUAUAUCUUCCUGCCUGACCUCCCUGCCGCUGGUUCUACCUUUCUUCGGUCCUUACCAUACAUUCAAGUUGAGUUUUGUGGAAUUCCAACUGGUCUUCUACCCUUCUUUCCCUCCUGCCUGCCAUGUGCUGGCAUUAUAGGCAUGUGCCACCAGGCCUGGCUUAUAUCCUUCCUUCAGAAUGAAGUGUGGACUUUAUGCUGUUGUUACUAUUAUUAUUAUUUAGUGUUUUGAGGCAGGGUUCCUCUGUUUCCCUUGGCUGUCCUGGACUCACUUUGUAGACCAAGUUGGCCUUGAACUCACAGAGAUCCGCCUGCCUCUGCCUUCAGAGUGCCAGGACUAAAGGCCUGCUCUGCAGCCUCCAGGCUUACAGCCCACACUUAGCUGGGUGUGGUGGGAUCACAGGGGGGUUCUUCUCGUGGACAGUUCUUCUCGCCCCUCCUCUCGCCACUCCUUCUCUUCUGCUGCUCUCCCCCAAGCAGUACCUGCUCAACACAGUGGGAGAUUGCUGUUGUUCUCAGAACACACAUCUGUAAUCUCAAAACUUGGUAGGCAGAGGUAGGAGGACUAGCCUGGGCUACACAUAGCAAGACCCUAGACAAACACCAGUACUGUCCUAGUGGAAUUGUAUGCUUUAUGUGCCUGCUGACCUGAUGCCAUAGUUCCAGAAGCUAUGACAUUACUGUAUUUACUCUGUAGUUCCUUAAGAAUAAUACCUGGGGCUGGAGAGAUGGCUUAGUGGUUAAGAACUCUGUCUGCUCUUCCAGAGGUCCUGAGUUCAAUUCCCAGCAACUACAUGGUGGCUCACAACCAUCUAUACCCUCUUCUGGCAUGCAGAUGUACACGCACAUAGAGCAUUCAAAAUAAAUA